GAAAGGGUUGGAUCGGGUCUUGAAAAUGGAGGGGUCAGGGCUGGAGAUUUAGCUCAGCGGCAUAAGCGCCUGCCUUGUAAGCAGGGAGUUGUGAGUUCAAUCCCCGGUACCGAUAAAAAGGAAAAAGACAAAAAAAAAAAAAAAAAAAAAAAAGAAAGAAAAUGGAGGGGUCUCCCAAGACUUACAGGUGUGCAAGGCUAGGAGGCCUGUAAGAGGGUGCAGUGUUGUGUGAACUACACACAGCUUCGUGCAGGAGCAAGGUGGGGAUGCAAAGGUGGCCCCCGCCUAUGUCUCUGGGGGCCUGAGUGCUAAGGAGAGGAAGUCUGGUCACUGCCUGUGGCCAGCUGGAUCAACUAGCUUCAUGGCAGGGACUCGGCAGUCACAGCUGUCUCUUUGGGAGAGAAUCGGCAGCCAAGGAGUGGGAAGUAUCGCUGGGGUCUUGCUGACUGGGAGGGUCUGACAGGAAGGUUCUGGGGACAGAACUGGCAGCUGGAUGCGGGGAGGGAGGCACCAAGGUUGAAUAUUUUUUUAAUAUACGUGCUGCCGAAGGGAGCACAUCCAAGGUUGAAUAGAAGGACAUAGGAUUCCUGUAAAUUAUCCUUUGCUGGUGCUUGGGUGAAUGUGGUCCCCCCCAGCCACCUGGGACUUCGCAGGAACCUGGAUGCCGCCAGUGAUAGGGCUCAGCUCAGCUUCAGCGCUGUCUUCCCUCCUGGGGCUGUGGAGGCCGCCGCUCAGCCAGGCCGGCAGGGGGCACUAUACGAACGGCCCGCAGGUUGGGCAUGCACAGUGUAUUGCCGGGAAAGGGCGGAGCUUCCGGAAUCCGGAAGUGGAGGAACAGCGUGGGAGCCAAGGAGGGUGUAUUUGUGGCUCGUCCGUUGGUUUCCGGGCUGUUCUUGAAUAGGUAUUGGGCGGUGUCGUUGUCCGAGGGGACAAAGUGAGGACAGCUAUCGGGUCCUGUUCACCAGACUGUUCGGGGGCGGCCGCUCGGAGCGGGGGACACAGUGGGGAGCAUCGAGUUCCCGGCGCGCUGGUGCUAUGCGGCUCUUCUCGACCAUCAAGGCCGCGACCUGCUGUUGCUCCUAUCUACUCGUCGCCCGGCAUUUCUCUGCAGCGGCUCGGCGAGGGGUGCGGCCUGGCGGGGAGGAGCUAAAGCGCCUGCGGCUGGAUGACCUGGCGCCGACCCCGCGGCUAGAGCUGCUGUUUGGCCUGUCCCCCUGUCUCUUGGCUCUGCGAGCCGCCCGCCGCCGCGUGGCCCGGCUCCUGCUCCAGGCGGGCAGGGCUGGCCUCCAAGGAGAGCGGGCUGAACUGCUGCGGGUGGCCGAGGCGCGGGACAUCCCAGUUUUGCGGCCCAGACGACAGAAGCUGGACGCCCUGUGCCACUAUCAGGUGCACCAAGGCGUCUGCAUGGAGGUGACCCCUCUGCGGCCCCGGCCGUACACUGAGGCCGGGGAUGUGAGUCCAAAUGAUGACCCCCAGCAGUUGUGGCUAGUUCUCGAGGGGCUCCAGGAUCCCCGGAAUCUAGGUGCUGUGCUACGUACCGCUCACUUCCUCGGAGUGGACAAAAUCAUCACCAGCCGCAGAAACAGCUGCCCACUCACUCCAGUAGUCAGCAAGGCCAGUGCGGGAGCUAUGGAGGUGAUGGACGUGUUCUGCAGUGAUGACCUGGCCGGUUUUUUACAGGCCAAAGCCAGGCAGGGCUGGCUUGUAGCUGGCACAGUGGGCAGUGUGGUUUCCCAGGCCUCUGAGAUCCCCAUCACUAGUUGCUUAGAGUUCCUCUGGGACCGGCCUACUCUCCUCGUGCUGGGGAAUGAGGGCUCUGGUCUGUCCCAGGAAGUGCAGGCCGCCUGUCGGCUUCUCCUCUCUGUCCUGCCUGGGCGCCAGCUCCCUCCUGGUCUCGAGUCUUUGAAUGUGUCUGUGGCUGCAGCCAGAGGAAGGGUUUCCCUGCAGAGGAGGAAAGAGGGCAGAUUCUCCAGGACCCUCCAGCAAUAUCUGAAGGACUCAGAGUGGCUCCACACCCAGGACUGUCUUUGGGAUCCGAAAAAGAGAGGCACAGAGGGGGCUGAGGUGUGGACAUGCCAGAGUGGAGAUUUCUACUGCUCUGCCCACGUGUUGGAGCCUGCCCACAUGCGCACCCAAGUGCCUGUGUGCCUACCAGGUGGUGAGGACAGGAUUGUUGUUUAUUGUACCAACCAGACUGACGAGGUGUUCCUUUGCCACAGUCCCACGAUGGAGUGGAAGCUAUCAUGCAAGCAGUGGACUAGGAACAGUGACCUAUGGGACGGGACUUUGAAGUAGUAUCCAGAGGAGUUCAGUGCUGGCCUUUGCUAAUUUCCAGGAUGGGUGAGGAUGGAUGGGGUCUGUCUUCCUGGGCCCUGCCUGGAGGCCAAGGGAAGUGUGUUUGAGGAGGGAGCAGGCAGCCCGAUCCAGGGGUCUGAUUCCUCCAGAACCAUGUGUGUCCUGUGGUGGCCGUGAGAGUGAGAAGUAGAGGGGCCCUGUGGCUGCUAAGCACAUGCGUCCAUCACUGGGCCCUGGGAACCCUGGUCUGCACCUACUGUUAGGGUUGUGAAGAUGAAAGAAAACCAGCUGGUGUCCCAUGGCCACUCAACAACCAGGAUGGUGGUCUGAUUCCUCCAGAAGGUGGCAGCCUCGCCCUUGAACCACGGUUUAGGAGACAUAGCCACCUGGAGGGACUCUGGCCGCAGCCCCUCCAGACAGGGAAAAUUGGCAGAAACCCUGCCUCACUGCAGCCUUGUGCGUGCUGCGCCCACUCCAGUGACCCGGCAGUGAAUCCAUCUAAGCAGAAGGAAGCAGGGAACCGAAGCCCUCACCUGUGAGCCCACAAGUCAGAGAGGGAGGCGGGUGGUGGAGAAGAGCAGGACCCCGGCUGGUUUCGAGUUCCAACUCUAACCUGCUAGGAGUGGCUCUUUCCUGUUGCAGCCAUCACUAGAGUUGCAAAAGGAAGUUCAGUGCUGUUGGACAGAUUAAGAACCACAAAAGGCUUUUCAGUGCACAUUCCCAGGAAGAUUAUGUCUUCUCUUACCAAAGAGCUGAGGCACAAAUACAGUGUUUGGUCUACACAUCCAAAAGGAUGAUGAAGUUCAGGUUGCACACGGACACUGGUCAGCAGGUUGGGCAACGGGUCCAGGUUUACCAGAAGAAAUAUGUCCUCUACACUGAGUGGGUGCAGUGGGAAAAGGCGAAAGGCACAGCUGUCCGUGUGGACGGUCACCCUGGCAAGAUGGCUAUCACCUGGCUGAAACUGGACAAAGACUGCAAAAAGAUCCUGGAACAGAAAGCCAAGUCUCACCAAGUAGAAAAGCAAAAGGGCAAAUACAAGGAAAAAACAAUUGAGAAAAUGCAGGGGAAAAGUCCUCUUAUGUGCAACUUUAAUUAAAAACUGUUAAAAUGAAAAAAAAAACUUGCUAGGAGUAUAAAUAUGGACAAGCUCCUUAAAAUCCCAUGUCUUGGGGGCUGGGAAUUUAGCUCAGUGGCAUAAGCACCUGUCUGGCAAGUACGAGGUCAUGAGUUUGAUCUCCAGCACACACACUAAAAAUAAAAAUAAAUUCCA